AUGCCCGCAGCCAUUCUCACUCGAGGUGAAGGUGGCAUCAAGGAGAACGGCCCAAGGGCUCACCCUGUGACGCACAAGCUGAGGAAAGGAGUAGCCAGCACCAAGCCACAGAAAAACGAAUUCAUCGCCCGCCUUGCGGAGAUGGCUUUCCGGCGGCUUGGGCUGCCGUUGCGGGGCGAGACCGCUGGUUCUGCGCCGGUGCGGCCGAAGAUCAUCCAAGACGAGGCCAAGAAGGCCAACGGCGGGAUCAGCGAGGCGCCUGCGAAAGCCAAGCUGGUGGUCGCAUCCUCCGCGGCCAAACGGGCCGCCAGGCCCUUGCUGCGGCCGCGGCAGGAGGUGGAUGAGACCGGGCCGGGCCGGGGACGAAACCUACUGAGCUCGGUGAUGGUGCACCUGAGCUCGGCGAGAGAUCGGCUACAAGCAGAUCAAAGCGAGGCCAAGGGUGUGGUCAAGACCAUCGUCAAGCCGCGGCUGCGGAAGCAGCUCAUCGCGCGAAGGCGUGUGAGUGAGAAAGAGAAGCCAGCGCAAGCGCGGGAGGAAGAUAGGCGAGACAAGCUUUUGGAAGCCAGAAUCGCGGAGCACUACUCCCACAUGAUGCAGUUUAUUCGGACCAAGACGGAGCCCAUCCUCUUUUACCUGCCUGCGAAGCACAACCCUGAGACGCAGAAGUGCUUACAGGAGACCCAGGAGACCAUCCAGAGAAAGAUCCAGGACUUGUCCGCGCACCUCGCAGGCGCAGGCGCAGAGGAAGUCGAGGAGGAGGAAGAGGAGAGCCAAGAUCCAGGCCCGAAAGUCAAGCGCCGGGCAGCACUGACGCCCGCGAAACCGUGAGCUUUGUGCAGUCGGGGCCAGGGAUGGCAAACACUGGGUCAACGAUUGAAC